GGCUGUGGGCUGCUCUGUGACCCCCACCCUCCUUUUGGCUGUGGCUCAGCCCCCUUACCCCUGUAGUCCCUCUGCAACUGAGGAAGCAUCCCUCUCCGAGACAAGGCAGAAUCCCCCCGCCCCCCCCCCCCCCCGGCGUGGAUUCCCCUGGGAACAGCCGCGAGCUGUGGCUUCAAGCUCACCGCCACCUUUAGGCCCCAGUGAACCAGUUCCCUAUCCCUGGCAGACAACCUCUACCAUCCAGAAGGGGGCAAGAGCACCCGAAUCAUGGGAGCACCACCCCUCUGUGCGUGUUCCUCCCUGAGCCGCACCCCAUCACUUCUCCAACAGGAACUGAGAGCCUCGGUGAGGUUGGGUGUCAAAGUUACUGCUGACCCGAGGGAGUGGGGCACCCUCCCAGCCCCUUGUAUUCCAGUGUUGAGCGCAAGUUGUUCGGCUCUGCCUGUGGGAUCUUGCUGUGUACGCAGAAGUUGCUCCGCCUGCUAACAAGCACCUGAACAGUAAUGCAGAGCAGGUGAUAUGUUGUCCGAUAAUCGGCCCGAGGACCAGGUGGAGGCUCGCAUCCAGAAAGCGGUGCAGUUCAAGACCGAGGGCAACGAAUAUUAUAAACAGAGGAGGCUGCGGGAGGCCAUCAGCCGCUACCACUGGGCCCUGAUGCAGCUCAGGGGCUUGGACCCCAGCGAGCCCGCCCCGCUGCACGCUUUCGGCGACGAGAAGGUCACGCUCAGCCCCGAGCAGGUGGCUCUGCUGCGCAGCACCGAGUGCGACUGCUACAACAACUUAGCAGCCUGCCUCCUCCAGUCUGAGAAGGUGAACUACAUUCGGGUGCGGGAUUACUGUCUGAAGGUAUUGGACAGGCAAGCAGACAACACCAAGGCGCUGUACCGGGUUGGAGUGGCUCUCUACUACACCAGAGAUUACGACAAGGCCCUGGACUACCUCUCAGAAGCAGCAAAGUUGUCACCAAAUGAUGUCCAAGUGAAGAGGUACCUCCAGGAGACCGAACAGUGCCUGAAGCAGUACCACAAGCGCGAGAAGAUGAUGUACAAGGAGAUGUUUGCCAAGUGACCGCAGCAGGAACCCUUUCCUCUCUGCUACAUGUUGGACAUUUGCAUCAGCUCCAUUGGCGCAGCCCCCCCCCCCCCCCCACGUACCCCCUCAGCAGGGAGCAAACGCAGUCUGUUUUACAUCUGUUCAGAGUUACCCCCCCACCCGAUGACACAGCCUUUCUCAAAUCUACCCAAGAAAGCAUCAGCAGGCUGCUACUGACUGUCUCUCGUCAGGGCAGCAGUGAACAGGUCUGUGCACAUACUGUGGUUAUUUAAUCCAGGUGCCAGAAUUAUUUGUUUGAUUUUUUUUUGUUUUUUGCCUUUCUUCUCCUCCAAACUAUAAAAGUGAUGCCUGACUUUUUUUCGGAA